GUCUUUUCUCUCAUUUAUAAUCUGUAAUAGCAAAUAUUGUUGAGAUUAAAAACCCGAAAGUUUGUUUAUUACUUCAUAAUGAAAAUUGUUCAGAAAUCCUCAUUUUUGUUAGCCGGCUAUGAUUUUGGUUUCUUUCUAUCUUGGAUGUCAUGUCGAUCAAUUUUGUUAUAACAUAGAAAUUCGACUAAUUCAAUGUUUUCCGGUUUAAAAUUAGGAUGAACUGUACCCAUAAUCAUUUUGAUAUGGUGUAUGCAACCCAUUAAAUGACGCCAUAGCCACGACUGACGAUUGCAAAAAUGUGGGUUCGAGGAGCAUGAAGCAGGGAUGUGAUUGUGGGAAUGGCAUUUUACAUCCAAUUUGUAUCUCUGUUUGUUCAUGAGAUGAGUGACUGACUGCUGUUGUGGUGGUGACCUUGGCUUCAUGGCCGCCAAAUAAAAGCGCUUCAACCACCACCUCAGUUUCUGCCAUUUGGAUGCUCAACGUGACAUGUUUCUUGGGUGGGUGUGGGCGUCAGUUUAACGGCGAUGAGUAUCAUUUGUGGAACGACAGCGAGACGUUAUGGAGAUGCAAGUAUGGAAGUAAAGGUACACAAUUGUAGGAAACUCAAGGAGAACAUGAAUGUUGACCAUUACGAUCAGGGCAACGCAGGCAACAUUGAUUUGCUUGAUUAUCGCCCAACUGAUCCGGUUCCAAGUUCAAAGGCUUCAGUAAGGCAUGGACCAAUUCAACAUGACGCUCCCCUUGUGCCUUACAUCCCCAAGCCACCUCCUCCCGAACCGAAUGACCACCGACCUUAGCAUGCUAGCUAUCAACCAAGUGACGGUUAUGAUCUUGAAACUCGUCCCUACCCGCUAAGAGAAUGUAUAUUUUGUAUGUUUGGAACAUGAUAUGGUUUAUGUUUUGGUUGAAUAAUAUGCCAAAAUAACAAGAUACGAAAUUAGGAACUUUUGUAACUUAGUAUUAUAAAUAUUUCAUUUGAUAAAAAGUCUAUUAUCCU